AUCCAGCAAAAAUAUCAGAGAAAACACACCAAGCGUGUAAGGGAAUUCAACUUGCCGUGGCUGGCCGGUGGAAAAUAAUGCCAUUAUAACUUUCAGCAAACAUUUUUUUCCUCAAACGUGAUUUUUAUGUGGGAGGAGAGUGACUGUCCCAGCUGAGGACCCGUAAAAAUACACGGGUGAUCAUCUUGUUGUUAGCUAACUAGCUAGCUAUUUAGCAUGACAGGGUCUUUGCCGUUUAAACUAGCAUAGCCCACUUGCUACAUUUAGUUUGGAAUUGAUCAAUCAGUUGUGAUUCUGAUGGUGUGAUUAGAUUUUAUCACAUCAAGCUAGCUAUGUUUUGAGCUUUAGCAUUGUGGUCCUCGCUAACAUCGUUAGCCACUUUUAAUUAACUUAGCUUGCUACUGUUAGUUACUUGCGCUAGCAUUGUUACCCAAAUUCACACACAUUUUGCCUGUUAUUUGCAUAGCUAGUGUUAUUGCUGUCAACUUAUAGUCAUUUAGCUAUUUUCUUUACCGAUGCCAUACGAAUUUGUUUUCUGCACUUGAAGAACCUAGCUAACUGGCUACUUAGCUAACACAUUUGGUAAUUAGCCACACUAGCUAGCGCGAGCUGGUGUUCUGUGAACGAUGCACACUGGUCCUCGCGCAGCUUUUUCCAGUCUGGGAAAACAAUGCUCUGUUUUGAUAAGCUCCUUUGAACCACCGCAAGUUUGAUUAUUGAUGUAUGCAUCUAGCUAGCAAGGUGUUUGCACAUUUUGUUUUGUCUUUAUUUUUGCAUUAUUUUGAAUGCAUAUUUUAUUUUUGCAUUAUUUUGAAUGCAUAUUUUAUUCGCCGGACAGAACGCCUUUCUUCUUGUUUUAGCGAGAGGCGCUGUCUGCCAGCUCCCUAGAUAGUGCAUGUGUCCGUUGCUUCUUUUUUUUCCCUGUAUGUUUCUUAGGGCUACACAGCUACCUUGCCAGUUGCUUAGCUAGUAGCAUUUAUUCGCUAGCUUACCGUGGUUAUUGACAACGGCGAGCAGCACAAAUCGUUUAUGAAUGUGGAACUGCUUUGGAAUUUAAAUUUUUAGGUAAAGUAGCUGGCUGUAAUUAAUUACUAUCAGCCAGUGGCGUAUGAUUUGCGCUGGGGGUUUCAUUGUUAGCUAGCUAUCUGGCUAAUUGUGUGUAUUCGAUUGUGAGAAAAGGAGCGAGGUUUCUUUGAAAGUAGAUAUGGAUGAUCAGACGCGAAUGCUGGCGGGUCUCGCCGGACUCGGCGGGUUAUCGCAAGGCGACGUUGGCGACCCAGACUCGGUUAGGAAACAGCUCGGUCAACCGCAACAAGACAUUGGGGAUAUUCUACAACAGAUCAUGGCCAUCACAGACGAAAGCCUGGACGAGGCGCAGGCCAGAUGCUGGCCAGAGGAGUCGCCGGCGCACUGGGGUGGAUCAGAUGACCCCGCAGAGGGAGGGGGAGCUGGGGGGGGCACGGCAGGGGGUGGCCUGCCGCUCAACUUCCAGCACAGGAAACACGCCCUGAACUGUCACAGAAUGAAGCCCGCCCUCUUCAGCGUUCUGUGUGAGAUCAAAGAGAAGACAGUGCUGAGUAUCCGAGGCAUUCAGGAUGAGGACCCCCCAGACCCCCAGAUCAUGCGUCUGGACAACAUGCUGCUGGCCGAGGGCGUGUCUGGCCCGGAGAAGGGCGGGGGCUCGGCUGCAGCGGCGGCAGCUGCAGCAGCGGCAGGAGGGUCGCCCGGCGCCGACGGCGGCAUCGAACACUCGGACUACAGAGCCAAGCUGGCCCAGAUCAGACAGAUCUACCACUCUGAGCUGGAGAAAUACGAACAGGCAUGCAGUGAGUUCACCAACCACGUGAUGAACCUGCUGAGGGAGCAGAGUCGCACGCGGCCCAUCUCUCCCAAGGAGAUCGAGCGCAUGGUGGCCAUCAUCCACCGCAAGUUCAGCUCCAUCCAGAUGCAGCUCAAACAAAGCACCUGCGAGGCCGUCAUGAUCCUACGCUCCAGAUUCCUCGACGCCAGGCGUAAGAGGCGUAACUUCAACAAGCAGGCUACAGAGGUGCUGAACGAGUACUUCUACUCCCAUCUCUCCAACCCCUACCCCAGUGAGGAGGCCAAAGAAGAGCUGGCCAAGAAGUGUGCCAUCACUGUCUCACAGGUUUCUAAUUGGUUCGGCAACAAGAGAAUACGGUACAAGAAGAACAUUGGUAAGUUCCAGGAGGAAGCGAACCUCUACGCAGUUAAAACAGCGGUGGAUGCUGCCAGCGUGUCGGCGCAGGCUAGCCAGGCUAACUCUCCGGCGACGCCCAAAUCAGGGUCGUCGGGAUCAUACAGCUUGUCUCAUGCAGGCGACGCUGAAGCUGUUGCCUACCUCGGCCUGCGCCCCUCGAACCUCAACGGGGCCGGGGAGGCCGUCCUCAACAUCGCCCCUUCUCUGCAGCCCCAGGUGGAUACCCUGCACCGUGCUACACACCUGACGGCAGGCUAUGAGGAGCUGACCGCUAGCGCCCUCUACACCCCACACCGCCUCCAUACUAGCAACAGCUGGCAGGACACCACUCACCCUUCCUCCGUCACCUCUCCACCAGGCCCCCCUGGCAGCGUCCAAUCUGACACCUCCAACUGAGACCCCCUCCCCCCUCCUCUUCCUCCACCCCAGAGACCUCUCUUUCUUUUGGGGUCUGCUCUGACCACUACCCACCUACCCCCAUCCUCCUUCCUGCCUGCCUCUCCACUACCAGUCCGGACUGGGCAACUCAUGCCAGGCGCUGUACACACACUCUCAAACACACACACACACUUCUGUGGACCGUUAAGAUGGACAACUGAACAGAAGACAUUUCCCUUCCUUCCACUCUACAGAAAUUCUGGAGGCUCCUUUGUCUUCAUAUCGAAUUUGAGGAGAGGAGACUGACUGGCGCCUGAUCAUGACAUCAUAACCCCUCACCACCUCCAGGACCUUUUGAGGAACUACUAACCCAACCAACCUGGCUGUGUAGGGCAGGUGAUGAUGUCUGUACAUUACCUGUGUAUAUGCUCAUGUCAACACCACACACUGUUCCCAGCCUGUCCAUUACCUAUCCCUUGUGAGGUUCUGGUGUUGACGUGUGUGAUAGCGGUCACACACACACACUAACGCCAGGCACUGUGGCGAUACGGAUCACAAGAUGAGCUCUGCUCACCUUGCUUGUACCAAAGUGAUGUCCUCUCUCCCCCAAUCUGAUAGUUGUUACCCCCCCCAACCCCCGGCAACUAGUAACACAAAGACACCACCGUUGUUUCUUCUAUUUUUUAGUAUUGUUUAUAGGUCAGAUAUGCAGAUAUGAUUUACAACCCCUUGUAUGGAACGUGGACACAGAUCUGUCAAGCACAAACUUUUGCACCUUUUUACAGGUGCAUCUACCUGGUGACAGUAGUUCUGGGGAGUUGAGCGUACAGUAGGCUUGAGGACAGGACUGAAGAUGAAGGGAGAGGGGAAAUGAGCGAUCCUCUUUAGUCCUCCAGAGGUCGUUUCUAUUGCGUCCCCCUUCGGUUAGUCAUCAAAAGCUGUAGACGUUACUUUCCUCUGUCUGUCAACUACUUUUAGUUGAUUGUAGCCUUUUUUUCUAAUGCUGUUUCACAAAGAAAUGCACCAGCCACCAAAUAAGGUUUGAUAGACCCUGAAAGUGGUGUUGGGACGGUGAAAUGGGUGGAAUGAAAUUAGUUUAGUGGCAGAGAGAUGGCUAUGUCAUUGGGGGGGAAAAUGUUUAUAAAUAAUUGUGACUGUCUUCCAAUGCAUGUAGGCUUUUUAGGUGUUCAGUGAUGGUUCUCAUUUAAAUAUUCCAGUUAUUUAGCUUCUUCACUUUUGUUUUCUCAAAGACACAGACCAAAAAGGAGUAGAUGCGUUAUGCUGUAUGUACAGAGUUCUUAGAUGUCUCAAUCGGGAUGGCUUAAUGAAUACGGCCCAGUCUUACGGGGUAAGGCUGGGCUGUAUUCAUUAGGAACCAAACUGGCUGAAACAGGGGACUUACCUGAAUUUGUCCAACAAGAAAUGCUUGUUUUCGUUUGCUGUUGCAAAACGUUUCACUUACGGUGUACACUAAUGAAUAGGACCCUGGGUUUAUACUCCACCAAACAGUCUCUUGAGCAGAACUUUCCUGGGGCGUACGACGUGCAUGUAGUCACAAAGCGGUUAUGGAGUACAUCUAGUGUACAUUCAGCCUUUACAUUUUGUAUCAUUUCUUCUUUGGUAUAUUUAACAACUGUGGCCUCCCCACUAGCAGGGUAUUAUUCAGUAGGGCACCGAGUGAUACGGGUUGCUGCUACCACCUGAACGUAUCCAAUAGGAACACGUGUUUUUGGUUGCAAACCGUUUUGCUACGUUGUGCAGGACUCUGGUGGAAGUCUCCAGUCCAGACAGGGCUUGACAACUAGCGUUUAGCUCACAGGCCACACUACAACUUUGCAUCGUACCAAAAAUACCAGUUAUCAAUAAUAUAAUUACGAUGAUUAUAUUUCACACAAACAAGUUGGUGAAUAAAAAGUAUUCAGUUUUGGGGUAGAGGGAAUUGUAUUUGUCUUUUUAUGGUGUUGUCUGGCCUCAUGUCAUUUUAGUUUGGGGUUAUUUGGUGGGUGGGGGGUGGCCUGUUAUGUCCGUCAUGUCCGUCAACCAGUGCUUAAGAAUUGAUUGUAUUGUUGCCGUGGAGACAAAGCAUCGUUGCCAUAGAGAGCACCUGUUCCAUGGGAAGGCAUGUUGUUUUCUCCCUUUACUCUAUCUCAGAAUCCGCUGGUGAAAAAUGGGUCCUAUUGGUUAGCUCUAUGAUUUGGCCAAUCAGCAAGGGCUUUACUCUGUUCUUAAUAACUGUUACCAAAAACGCAGCACUGGUUUUAUUACGAUAAACAAGGUAGUCUUUAGAGAAAUUCUGAUUUGACUCAGAUUUCAUUUCCUUUGUAGUUUUUAUUCAGCUCUUUUUCUUUUUUUAUAAUCAUACAUCAACUGUUAAGAGUACCGGGCAUUUUGAUAAAGAAAGGACAAAGUAUAUAUUAAACAGAUAUACAGACAUUUGAAAUGGGGUGUGUUAAAUACAGACAUCGUUACAGAGAAAUCUUAUUGUAUUACCCAAAUUAGUUUCCUUGUUUACUGUUACUUAUAAACAUUUCAUAUGGCUUAUUAUAUCUUACAAAUAAUGCUACCACUACUACACCAAAUUAGUCCCCUCUUCAUUUGUCUUUUUCUACCAGUUGUAAAUGGAUGUCACUGUACAGAUUGUGGAAUGUUUGUUUUUCUCUUUUUAUAAACCCUCUGCUUUAUUUUUGCUUUUCCUUUUGGGUGAGUUGCCUGGUUGUUUGGUCUUUAGUGUUCUCCUGAGGUUGGGGUCAAGUUCAUUUGUUAGUUGAAUGAUUAUUUGCAUAUUUUAAUUUGUUAAUUGGGGUUGCAGUGUGGGGGUUAUGGUUAUUGUAGUUUUGUUUGGUGCUGUGUGAAUUCCAAUUAGAAUUUGUGAAACCGCAGUCUAGCAAUAAUCCCUGAAUUAAUGCUAGAGCCAUUGUUGGCCAUCUUGCUAGCAUAUAAUCAGCCCUUACCGCAACAGCAGGGGGAAAAACGUAUUUCUCGCACAUUUUAGAAAUCGCUUGAUUUCCCUUAUCCAUUCAAUUUCAGCCAUUUUGUCUGGAUUGACGUCAUUAAUAUGGUUACCUAUCGUUGGUGAAUUUGAAUUCUCCCAGUAUUUUGUAGUAACGGUACAGUUCAAUGCAAGGAUGGUGCUACCAACCCCAAAUCCUGCAGUCUACUCCUAUACAGGUUGAGCCAAUACUGAGUCAACCUACUGUAGGAUUGAUUCUACCAUAGAAUUAUAAUAUUUUAAGAUUCUACCUGCGGCCAUAGAAUUCCACAGCACCAAAUCAAACGAUACGUUAAACCCUUUAAUGUGUCACUUUUGUUAGUAUCUUUGUAUAUCGCUCCCUCGUCCCCCUGUAUUUUAAAUACCCCCUCUCGUCUCUCUCUACCUCUGUCUCAGUUUCUCUUGUAUAUAAAACCCCACUGUUUCCAGACCUGUGAGUCUGUAUGAAUUCCUUUUAUACCUCAACUUUAGAAUUGUUCUAGAACGAGUAAAAAUAAUGACAAGUUGUAGUGUUCCUUAUUAGAAGAAAAAAACUAAUAAAAUUGUGCUUUUCAUUA